UGGACCUUACACACACAUCUUCGAUUUCUCAUGACAAGUCAAUCGGCAUCUGGAGUAGCUCGACAGAUAGGGAUCAUCUCAUAUCCUUGCAAGCAACAAGACAUGGGAGGCUUAUUUUCGAAAAAGUCCCAGCAUAAGCAACAUCUAGAGGAGGAAGCCAGUAAGCCAGGCGCCAGCACCGAGACUAGCUCUUAUCGGAACAAUGAAGGUCUUGCUGAUGCCACCAUUGAUCUUGACAAAGUCGCAGUCAAAGAUGAAGAUGUCAUUGAAGGCGAAGGAGGAAAAGAAGUGGAAGCAACCAGCGAACCACUUGUGGAGAAACAAGUGGUAGAAGGGAAUGGUGGAAAUGGUGAAGAGCAGGAUAAUCAGGUUGCAGGCGACAAAGCAGAGGAUAACUCCAGCAAGAAGGUUGGCCGGGAAGAAAGCUUGCUGACAGAGGUGUUGCAAGAGAUUGUUGGUGCAACAGAUGAUGGUGAAACAGAUAAAAAAGGCAUUGCAAAAGAUUCUGCCCCAGAUGCAACCCUUACCAAGGAGUCAGCUGACCUGGAAAUGAGCAGUCAGGCGGAAGAUGGUGAAGAAGAGGAGGUGCUUGGUGAAAAGAAGGACACUGAAGUAACAGAUGCAGAGGAAAUGGAGUAUGUAAAGGUAGACUACUCUGAAGGCUCAGAUGCCGGCGAUGUAAGCAAAGAUAUCAGCUCUAAUGAAGACAAGCCAGGAAAUAUCGCUAAAUCGGAAAUGCCAGAAGAAGUGCUACUUGAAGACCUGGUGCCUAGUAGCAAAGACAACAGCACCGAGACUGGCAUUCACACAGCAAAUGCAACCAUCGCCGAGGGAGUGACAUCGUCAGCCUAUCCACGGCUCUCAUCUACUGACAUUGACGUCAUUGGUCUGCACUAUGAUGUCAUAGUUGUGGGGUCAGGCUACGGUGGAGGAGUUGCUGCAAGCAGGGCAGCUCGUGCGGGCAAGAAAGUGCUGGUGCUCGAAAAAGGUAAGGAAUGGAGACCCGGAGAUUUCCCCGAGGAGUCGAUAGCUGCAGCCCGACAAGUCUGUUUGAAGCAGGAGGGGUCGAAGUCGCAUGGUGGGGGGCGUGAACUCUUCAACUUUGUCGUCAGCCGUGACCUGACAGUCCUACGCGGCUGUGGCCUUGGAGGAACUUCUCUCAUUAAUGCCAACGUGGGGUUGGACCUGCACACCGAUGUGUGGGAUGAUGGGGCGUGGCCCACCCAGUUCACGGAGGAUCUCGCAACAUAUAGAAAGGUGGAUCUUAGUCAUGCACAGGAAAUGCUGACACCGAGUCCAUACCCAAAUGAACUACAAAAAAUUACGCAAAUGAGGAAAGUCGCUAGAGCACUCUCAGAUGUUGAAGACCUGGACAAAAUUUUCUACCGACCACCUCUGUUCGUCAAUUUUGAGACGACAGCAAACAACGGCUUUGGCCUGCCGCAGCCAGCCUGCGUGGAAUGUGGAAACUGCUGUGGAGGUUGCAACACUGGCGCCAAAAGUACGGUUGCUAUGAACUACUUGCCUGAUGCCAAGAUGCAUGGUGCCCACAUCUUCACAGAGGUCUCCGUGCACCGGCUUUCGUGCGGGGGGAGUCCUGGCAAUGACGGCCCGUGGCUGGUGCACUACAGUACGGGCGACAAUGACGACGACACGCUGGCGGGCGUGCACCGCUUCGUGACGGCUGACGUCGUCGUCGUUGCAGCGGGGGCGCUCGGCUCGACCGAGAUUCUGCUGCGCUCGCGCGAGGCGGGGCUGCCGCUCUCCGACACCGUAGGGCAGGGCUUCAGUGGCAACGGCGACCAGGUGGGGAUCAGCGCCAUGAACGAUGAGGAAGCAAUAUCGAUGGGCGUGCCGACAGACGAUGCACAGAAGGGGGUCGUCAGAAAGCCUGGCCCCUGCAUCACGACCAUUGUAGACAUGAGGGACAAGACGCCCUUCAAACAUGGUUACGUCCUUGAGGAUGGCACCCCGCCAGUCUCCAUGGCAACACUAUACCGGGCUAUGCUGCAUCUGCUGUAUGGGACAGCUUCGAUAGAUGAUGACCCAUCAGAUGACUGGAGGCAGUUUUCUGAUAUGGUUAAGGGUGAGACUGUGGACAAGUCGUUGGCUCUGUUAGCAAUGAGCCAUGAUGACCUAGUUGAUGAAGAUGGUGGUGACAAGACUGGAACCAUAAAGCUGGAUGAAGAUGGUGUGAAGAUAGAGUGGCAUCUGGUGGCAGAGAACGCAAACUUUGAUCAGAUUCAAUCAGCUUUUCGGAGUGCCGCUAAAGCACUGGGUGGCAGGUACGUGGAGAAUCCCGUUUAUUCGGAAAAGCUGUUCUCUUGGUUCCACGACAGACGCCAGGUUGUCACUGUACACCCGUUAGGUGGUUGCAAUAUGGCAGAGAGUGGACAGACAGGUGUUGUCAAUCACAAGGGACAAGUGUUUUCUGGUAAUUCCGAGGAUGUCCACCAGGGCCUCUACGUAAUGGACGGAUCGAUCCUUCCGAGGGCCGUUGGUGUCAACCCAUCGCUGACAAUUACCGCUGUCUCCGAGCGCUGCAUGCGCCUGCUGGCAGACGACCAUGCCUGGAAGAUCAACUACAACAUGAGCCCGCCACCUGAAUUGCUGCGUGAUCCACUGUCAAAGCCGGCACUGCGCGUCUACGAACGCAUGACCGGACGCAUGGAGUCACAGGGUGGGCCUCUCUAUAUGGAGUUAAAGCAGUUCCUAUUUAUUCCUGACCUGGAGUACUUCCUGGAGACGGACCCCACACACCGGGUACUCGUCACGGGCGUGGUCGUCUGUGAGCAACUGUGUGCCGAGCCAAUGACUAUCACAGGCUAUGCAGAGAUCUUCCGUCAAGAUGUGGGACCUGAGGGCACAGUCGAAACGAAGAAUCUUUUUUAUAGCCUGGAGUUUGUAAGACCAGGUGAUGUCCAAACAAAACUACACUUCACUGGCACCAAGACAGCGCAUAAGAAUAGCAUCCUUGAUCUAGGCUACAGUGACACUACAACCAUGCAGGCAACAGUGAGGGAGGCUGGUGCGAUACUAGCCACGGGAGAGCUGCAUAUCAGCCUGCGUGACAUUGUCAACGCUGUGGACAACACUGAGGUGCUUAAUGUGCAGGACUGGAAACAGCAGGCUAGCUGGAGGAUGCGCUUCUACGAACACUUUCUCGGCAACAUCUGGGAGACUUACAGUCCACUUGCUGGACCCACAAUGUUUGACCCCACGGCACCAGCGCGCCAGAAGCGCAAACUGCGACUCCCAGCCGAGGCACUGCCAGUCAUUUACCCAGUGGCGACCUCUGACGGGAAGACGUUACGGUUGACUCGCUACCAAGGUGGCACUCGUGGCCCGGUGUUAAUGCUGCAUGGUCUUGGUGUGUCAUAUGGCAUCUUCACCCUCGACACUGUGGAGACCAGUCUGGUGGAGUACAUGGUGGAGCAUGGCUACGACGUGUGGCUGUUCGACUGGCGCGUGUCCAUUCGCCUUCCCUACGCUGAAGAAAUGUCGACCGUUGACGACACUGCCCAGUUCGACAUCCCGGCUGCCGUCCAGUUAGUCAGAGACCAGACAGGGGCUAAAGAUGUGGAGAUUUUCGCACAUUGCAUUGGAUCCGUGACACUGUUUGCAUCUCUUCUUGGUGGGCACCUUGACCCAAGCAAUGUCCGCUGCAUCAUGGCGUCACAAGUCGCGUUCACACCAGUGUUCAACAAGUUCAAUAAGCUGAAGGCAUGCUUGCAUGGUCCUCGUGUGCUGGAAUUACUGGGUGUUGAUUCACUGGAUGCGUACACAGACAAAGAAGCUGGCUGGAUGGAUAGAGCGUUCAACAAGUUGGUUGCAGGUGUCACCGCCCUGGCUGUCGAUUAUGACGAGAUGUGUGGCAGCAGCGUGUGCCAUCGCAUCACGUUCUCGUACGGACUGCUGUGGGAGCACGCGCUCAUGAACGAGGACACGCACGCCACACUGCACGAGCAGUUCGGAGCCGUCAACAUGCGCAUCAUGCAGCAGUUGUCCAGCAUGCAGCGCCCGCCCGAGCGCCUGCUGGGAGCGGACGGCUCCGAGCGAUACCUGCCCGACUUCGAGCGCGGACUGGAGUCGGACGCGUACCGCAAGCACAUGCGGCGACUCGACGUUCCCAUCGCGAUGCUGUACGGCUCGGAGAACGCCGUCUUUGCCGAGGAGAACGUCGAGGUGACGCUGCGGCGUCUGCGGGAGGCGCACCCGCAGCAGACGUACGAGUACGUGCGGCUGGACGGCUACGGACACCUGGACGUCGUGUACGCGAGGGACGCGCCCGAGCGAAGCUUCCCGCGCAUCGGCGAGUGGUUUGAUCGGUUUGCCGAGUGAAUGCUGGGGAUCGAAGUGUCCCGAGUGGAACAGUAGUGGGUGUUGGGUUGA